AUGUCGAAGAGCCUCAAGAAGAAAAACCACUGGACCAACAAAGUCCACGAAGCGGUGAUAGCCCGCGGGAAGGAGGGCGAGCUGGGGUUCGAGCUGAAGGGGGGCGCGGAGAACGGCCAGUUCCCCUACUUCGGGGAGGUGAGGCAGGGGAAGGGGCUGAUCCAGAGCGGAAAGCUGGCCCAGGAUGAGCUGCUGCUGGAGGUCAACGACAUGCCGGUGGCCGGGCUGACCACCCGGGACGUGCAGGCGGUGGUCAAGCACUGCAAGGACCCGGUCCGCUUCAAAUGCGUGAAGCAAGGACGUGGGCUGAUCCGUGGACGGUCACGGAGCGUGGCGCAGGCCUGUCCGUGGAGUGUUUACUACGCGCAGCCAUGGCGGGGCUCUUUCCACCGGCAGCAGCAUGAGCAGCAGGAACCCACAAUAGGCUCACCGGAGCCCGUUUGUUUACCACCGUGUCUCGGUGCCACGGCCGGCCCGGAGGGGGUGUGUCCGGCCGCCACAGCCCCGCGGUGUCCCCCUCACUCCGGGGCUGGACAGGGCUGGUCUCACCGAACAGGCCCAGGCCCAGUUGGCCCGCGGGGGAUUCGCCUUCGCACAAUGCCGGCCGGGCUCUGGCUCUCAAAUCUGCGUGUCCACGGGCUACGAUUGAUUACUGAGCCGGAGCUGCUGACGGAGUGGUACGGUCUUCUGAUGUGCUAG